CUGUCUCUCUCUCUCUCCCCCUCCCCCGCUCGCUCCCUCCCCUCCCCGGCACUGCAGCAUUCGCCGACUGCAGCUCCAGCCGCCGCCCGCGCCUCUCCGGCCUCCUCCGCAGCCCCCGCCGCAGCCAGCACCAUGGCCAGCACCGUGUCCGCCUACAAGGAGAAGAUGAAGGAGCUGUCCGUGCUGUCGCUCAUCUGCUCCUGCUUCUACUCACAGCCACACCCCAACACCAUCUACCAGUAUGGGGACAUGGAGGUCAAGCAGCUGGACAAGAGGGCCUCCGGCCAGAGCUUCGAGGUCAUCCUCAAGUCGCCUUCCGAUCUGUCCCCGGAGAGCCCUGUGCUGUCCUCUCCCCCCAAGAGGAAGGACGCCUCCCUGGAAGAGCUGCAGAAGCGGCUGGAGGCGGCUGAGGAGCGAAGGAAGACGCAGGAGGCGCAGGUGCUGAAGCAGCUGGCGGAGCGGCGCGAGCACGAGCGCGAGGUGCUGCACAAGGCCCUGGAGGAGAACAACAACUUCAGCCGCCUGGCGGAGGAGAAGCUCAACUACAAGAUGGAGCUCAGCAAGGAGAUCCGCGAGGCGCACCUGGCGGCGCUGCGCGAGCGGCUGCGCGAGAAGGAGCUGCACGCGGCCGAGGUGCGCAGGAACAAGGAGCAGAGAGAGGAGAUGUCCGGCUAGGGGGCUUCGGACACCGCGGCGCCUGGAUCCUGAGCCGACACAAGAACACGUUCGGGUUUUGGUUUUGUUUUGUUCA